AGAACGGCCCCUCAUCGAAACUUGAAUCCCGGCACUCUAAAUCCAUCGAGCGGGAGAACCCCGAAAUCCAAAAAUUCCCCAACCCCGCUCCCAACCCUAGCCCCUUCUUCCCUUCUUCCUUCCCCUUCACACCUCCGAUUUCGCGCGCCUUCGUCUCGCGCCCAACCUUCCAGAAGCUUCUGGAAUCUAGGGUUUUGAGCCCCAAUACCGUAAAAGAUGCUUUCUUGCGCCUGGUAGCCUCGCGGUUUCGGGACGGAGGCAUGGACGGUGGCGGCGGCGGCGGCGGGGAUGGGGGCUCGAGCGGCGGGAGGUUCCCCAUUCUGCAGGCGAACCGGGACCCCGAGUCGAACUGGGAGUUGGACGUCGCCAAGAGCCUCGAGGAGUACCUGCUCAAGAUCUGCUCCGGCGAGGUCACAGGCGAGGACGGGGCCCACUCCGUCAACUUUGCCGAAGCGGCACUAUUACUCCAGGGAUCAGUUCAAGUGUACAGUAGGAAGGUGGAGUACUUGUACUCAUUGGUGCUUCAUGCGUUGGAGUUCCUCUCGCAAAAGAAGCAGGAUCAGCAGGAAAAUGGCUCAGCUCACACUAAUGAAAAUGACCCUAGCACUAUUCAUAAUGAAGAAGAUGAUAUAUUUAUGGGGUUAGAUGAUGUUCCAGCGGAAGCAAGGACCUCUCUGGAUAACAAUGUUGAUCGAGAUGAUUUAAAAAGAAAGACUGUGAGGCCACCAGCAAAUCUGCUGGUGUUUGAAGGAGACUGUCUGGAUAGCGAAGCGAGUGAGCUAGACUCGUAUUUGUUAGCAACAUGUGAUUUUUAUGGAGAUUUCCUCCUUCUGGAUCCAUGUGACGCGCCAGCUGUUUUUGAAUUUCUGCAAGGAAAAUGUUCUGGUGAAGAAAAUAGUGUGGCUCAUCCAGGCAGCUCAGUGCCUUCUAAAAGCCGACCCUAUGUUUUCACUUCCCCGAAUGGAAGAUCGGGGGGCACAGGCCGUAAAUCGGCCCCUGGAAAAGUUCAAGGAGAUCUAGAUCCAACUCAGGAGAACCCUAGCCAAUCAAGUGCAAAUAAAACUCCAGAUAAUCUCAAUGCAGACUACAGAGAUUGGUCUGAUCCUCAUGACCCUGGCUUUCCAGGUGAACACAUACCUGACCCAGAUGAUUUAGAGGAUCCUAUGGAUCCUGUUGGGGAGGAUUCUGAUGAUGAGGAUCCAUGGAAGCCUUUGAAUCCCCAUGAACCUGGCAACCUAAAGAUUAGACCUUACAAGAGAGUUAAAGGUUCUGCACGGCAGGUUAUGGGCACUGCAAAAAAGAAAACUCUCACAUCUUUAUUUCCUAUGGCAAAGAUGGAUAGUGUUAUUAUACCUGAACAUGCAAAGCCUUUUGAAGCACAACAGUCUCAGCAGGAGGAACUUCAUCCUUCCCAAUCACCCCCUCCUUAUGAAAAGCAUAUGAGGUCAUUUCAAUAUGGAGAGCAAGGAAAUCCUGAUGUGUUUGGAGAUUCGACCUAUGACACUGGACCUGAUACCGAUGUUGGUUUUGGUGGUAUCGAUGAUCCGGGUAGUCCAAUGUGUGGUGGCAUGGGUGAUGAGUUUGAGAGUCCAACAUGUCCUGCUGAGAAAAAGGAAGAACCUCCUUACGAGACUCAAGUUUCACAGGAGAACAUAGAUACACAUGAAAGCCUAGACGAUUUGUGUCGGUCACAUCUGAAUAAGCUCCUUGCCAGCAUAGCUGAGGUUGAACAACAAAGUGAGAUGGAUGCUCGAGUUUCAACGUGGAAAGAAAGAAUCGAGCUUGCCUUGGAAGAGCAGGAUAAAAACCCACCUUUUGAUAUUAGUUCAUAUGGAGAACAAAUCCUUGACACGCUUUCAUCAAGAACUGAUGGUAUGGGGAUUGCAACUUUUAGUGAGAUUGUUAAUGGCAGACCAAAGUAUGAGGUUGCAAGAACAUUCUCUGCCAUGCUCCAGCUGGUAAAUGGCAGAAGUGUUGAUCUGGACAAAGGACAAGCCACAAACGAGUUGGUGUGUUAUACAGCUGAGAAUCCAUUCCAUGUAAAGCUCAUUGGCCCCAACCGGAGGCCAGAGAUGGAGGCACGCUUUGCACGCAAGAGAGCCAAGUCCCCGCUGCAAAAUCCUGACAAAGGCGUUGAAUCCUCCCUGGCACAACAAGAGUCCCACAAGAAACCAUCUCAUAAAAAUGGCAAGAUCCCAGUCAAGACAGCAAUCAGGCUGACCCCUGAUGGCAAGCGAAGGCGAAGGUCAGCUGCUCAUCUUAUGCAGCCGAUCAAUCUGGAAUCCAGCGGAUGAAUGGAUGCUAAUGGGGUACUGACUUUUGUGGGCAUCUAGAGUGUGAUUCUUCUAAUUGUUGUAACCUUAGUGGUGGCUUCAUAGGCAGGGUGGGCUGUGACCUGUAAGUUAUGACUUAGGCCUAGCAAGCAGGUGUACAUGUACAAUAGUUCAUUGUGCCUUUAUGUAUGUAUGUAGGGUAUCAGCCCCAAUGUGUAAUUUUAACAGGGCAAGAUUUGUUGACGGACUUUGCCCUUUUAUACCGGGACGACAUUGGUAGUUUCAUUCUGAUUCAAUAAACUUGCUGGUGCGGUUUCCUGUUCUUGAAA